AUGCGGUUCGCGUCGAGUUGCGUUCCGUCGCGAUGGGCGGAACGCGGCGGCUGCGGUGUCCGCGGUAUCUACUCGCGCAUUCCCCCUGCAGUUAGUCUGGUAUUCUCGGCACUUUCGAGCACGUAUCUGAUCAGUUCAUCGUUUUGGCUUGAUUUCAAUGCGCAAAUCGUUCAUCCGCGUGGCAGAGAAACACUCAUCUUGGAUAGCUUAGCAAAGUGUAGUGUCAUGCAGUACAACGUUGGAGACCACGUGAGAUGUAUAUGGGGAGCGAAAUCUGUUGAAUACGAAGCAAAAAUUAUUGUUGUCAAUAGAGCAUCUAAAGAAUACUUCGUCCACUAUCAAGGAUGGAAUAAGCGUUAUGACGAGUGGAUUUCAGAGAAAUCCGUUCUAGGUUUAUGGAAAAAACCGGCUACUGUGGUCGGUGCACCAAAAAUCCGUCAUUCGAAAAGGGAGAAGAAGACAAGAAGGCCAGUUGACUGGUCACCAACUCCUACGUCAUCUCGUGUUACAGAGAAGGUUAUUUCGGUGAAGGUGGAUUGUAAGCCUUCCGUUCGGGUGCCGAAGCCGAAACGUUCUCCAACAGUCAGAGUGGUUAAACGACCACGGCUUCUUCCAGUUCCGAAGUUCGUGGAUGAGUCGGCAGAAGAAAGCAUCACUAGUGACGACGAGGAUAGUGGUGCCAGAUUUCCUCGUUCGUACAUCGAUACUCUGGCUAAGCAAAGGAAACGUGAAGAACGAAAAAGAUACCGGCACUCAUCACCGAAACAAGCGGGAGAUCUCUUCAAAAGCUCUUGGAAGUCAUCUCAACCAAGAAAUGUUGCCGGUGAAAUUCCGCUCCUAUCCCAUAUACCUUCUACGGCGAUUGAUACUGCAAACAAUUUGACUGCUGCAGUAUCUAGUACACUUGCGGAAUGUCUUGAUUUCUCAUACAUUGAAGCAGAUUACAACUAUUCUAGUCUGCGCUUCCAUUACAGUGAUGCUCAGUCUUUCAAUGUUCGAAAUGAUUCAAAUAGCGCCCAGGUGACAAGUAGCACUAAACGUAUGAACAUACUACCUCUUAGGAAGCCGUUGAAUGUGCAGUGUAAAUUGGCUUGUUGCGCUCCUUUGAACUUGUUUAUGAAAGCGUCGUCGGUAAAUUUGGAACCUCAUCAAAAAUUAGAUACUCCUCCAAAUCUCGGAUCUCCCUUCAACUACGAUGAAGAGUGUCGUCACAUAGUGAGUUUCGUGGCAAAGUUGUUGUUUUUUGAUAGAAUUUUCUAUUUAAUCGUCUUUAAAGCGUUCAUUGUUCAUCUAGCCAAGGGUGUAAUAAAAACUCGUACCUGA